AUGGUUGGUGCAAUGGGAACUCGUCGGCUGUCGACAAAUGUUGUUCCCCGUGAAAAAUGGUCUUUAAAAAAUUUAUUUUAUCCACAAUUUGAUUCAUCUAACGUAGAAAAAAAAUAUAUAUUAAGUUAUUUAAAAAGAAUUUAUCCAUCAAGUCACCGUUUACUGGUCACCAUAUUAAUUAGUCAUGCAUUAAUUAAUUCACUUGAAAUAUUCUUAUUUGAUUCAUCACCAAAACAAUCGAAAAUUUUUCAUUUAUCAUUAUUAGCUAUUAGUAUUUGUUUAAAUAUUUUAUCAUUAAUUAUAAUAAAUCGUCUACGAAUUCAUAUUUUAUCUAAUAUUAUAUCAUUAAUAUGUAUUUGUCCAUUAGCUAUUUUAAGUUGUUUAUAUCCAUUAGAAUGCCAUAUAUAUUUGUUAAUUAUAUUAAUAUAUACAUUAGCAAAUUUUUCAUUACUUUUAUCAAUAUUAUUAUCAAUUUUAAUAACAAUAAUUAUAACAUUUUUAACAUUAAAUUCAAAAAUGCGUUUAAUAUUAUUAUUAAUAUCAAAUAUUAUUGGAAUUUAUUCGAAUCGUCUUUUGGAUAUAACAAUGCGUUCGGCAUACAAUCAAUUAUGUAAAAAUGCAAAUGUUCGUGGUUCAUUAUUAAGCGAACAUACAUUAAUAUCAAAAAUGAUUGAUUCACUCAUGCCACAUAAAUAUGCGAGAGUUAUAAUGGAAGAUUUUGAUGUAUUUCGUGAACGUGUACAAAAUAUUAACGUAGCACAUCAAGGUGAAGAUGAGAAAAAAAUGGCUACUUUUCGUCCAUUACAUAUUGAAAGAAUGGAAAAUGUUUCAAUAUUAUUUGCUGAUAUUGUUGGUUUUACACAUAUGUCAUCAAAUAAAACUGCCGCACAAUUAGUUGUAUUAUUAUCUGAUUUAUAUGGACGAUUUGAUGAUUUAUGCGUUCAAAUGUCGUGCGAAAAAAUAGCAACAUUAGGUGAUUGUUAUUAUUGUGUUAGUGGUUGUCCAGAACCACGAGAAGAUCAUGGUAAAUCAUGUGUUUUAAUGGGUUUAGCAAUGAUAAAUGCCAUUGAAGAAUUUGAUGAAGAUAAUAAUGAACAAGUUGAUAUGAGAGUUGGUGUUCAUUCAGGUUCAGUUAAUUGUGGAAUUGUUGGAACAAAAAAAUUUAAAUUCGAUAUUUUCUCAAAUGAUGUUACGUUAGCUAAUAAAAUGGAAUCAAGUGGAAAACCGGGUUAUGUUCAUAUAACUGAAGCAACUCAUGCAUUAUUAAAAAAAGAUGAAUUUCAAUUUGAAGAAGGUGAACUAUAUAAAUUACCAGGCCAUGCUUCAAUAAAAACAUAUUUUAUUGGAAAAAGACAAUUAAGUCAUCGAAUAACACAAAAACCACCACAUAUGACAUUAGCAACUGCUACAGCUGUUGCUGUUGCUGCAGGUGUACCACUUUCUGUACCUUUAAAUGAUCCAAAUAAUAUACCGGAUACAUCCGAUUCAGCAGUAGUAACAAGUCCAUUAUUAGAAGAAGUCGUACAAGCACGACGUGCAACAAUAUGUGAAGAAGAAAUGCCAAAAGAUUUAGCAGGAGUUAUUGAAAAUAUUGAAACUAUAAAUGAACAAACAUUUGAAAAUGAAGAAAAAGAAUUAGCAGUAUCAUUUAAUAUCUUAACAUUAUCAUAUAAAGAAAAACGUUUAGAAGAAAGUUUUUCUGCUCAUGUUGGUCCACAUUCAUUAUUAAUUGUUGAAGUUAUAUUAUCAAUUGUAUCUUUAUUACUUAUUUAUUUCUAUUUUUUUAAACGUAAAAUUAUCUUAACAUCAAUUAUUUUGGCAGUAUUACUUGCAGUAAAAUUAAUUUUAACAUUAGUUAUAAUAUUUUUUGCUCGUAAAUUAUUACGUUGGUGGAUAAUAAGACAUUUAAUUGGUUCAUUUUAUCUUGUAUCACCAUUAAUUAUUAUUUUAAUUCAAAUACCUGAUUCAAUACUUUUAACUACACCAGCUUUUUUUCUUUUUAUUUCAACUUAUCUUACUUUAGGUGCAUCUGUAUCUCAUUUGAUCAAAUUACUUAUUGCCGUUUUAGCAAUUUUAAUUUAUCUUCCGUUGAUGAUAUGUACACAAGAUUUAUCAACACAAAUCAUUGUGGAUAUAAGUGUUUGUAUAUUAAUAUCAUUAAUAGUUUUAUAUGGUAUAGCUCGUCAAUUAGAAGUUGCACGUCGUUUUCAAUUUCAUGUUGUUCAUAAAUCAUCAGAACAACGAGUAGAAAUUGAAAAAGAACGAGAACGUGCUGAUUGGCUUUUAAGAAAUAUUUUACCAGAACAUGUUAUUGAACCAUUACGUCAACAUGGUGGUUCAUAUUCUCGUAAUCAUCCAUGUGUUGGUGUUCUUUUUGCAACAUUAGUUAAUUUUCAUGUUAUGUAUGAAGAACAAUAUGAAGGUGGAAAAUUUUAUGCAAGAAUUUUAAAUGAAUUCUAUGGAGAUAUCGAAGAAUUAUUUCUUGAUCCAAGAUUUUCAAAAAUUGAAAAAAUUAAAACUAUUGGAGCAACAUUUAUGGCUGCAUCAGGUUUGCAAACAGAUGUCAAUGAUCAAAAUCCAUUAGAAUCUGUUUAUUCUCUAAUGGAAUUUGCAUUAGCAUUUCAAGCCACAACGAAACGAUUUAAUGAAGCACUUUUAAAUUUUGCAUUUGAACUUCGUAUUGGUUUUAAUUUUGGACCAGUAACAGCUGGUGUUAUUGGUACAACAAAAUUAUUUUAUGAUAUAUGGGGUGAUACAGUUAAUGUUGCUUCACGAAUGGAUUCAACUGGUGAAAAAGGAAAAAUUCAAGUUCCUGAGGAAGUAGCAGUAGCUUUAAAAGACAAAUAUAAUUUUGAAUUACGAGGAGAAAUUGAAGUUAAAGGAAAAAGUCGGAUGACAACAUAUUUUCUUAAACAUUAA